GCGGCGGGAAGGGCUGCAGACGCGGCGGACGAUUUAGACAGGCCAGGGCCAGAAAGAUGGAUGAGAAUGUUGCCGAGUUUCUCCGGAGGAGCAUCUUGAAAAUCCCCUUGCAUGUGAUAAAGACCGUCCUAAAAACCUGGGACUUUCUGUCCGAAAACCAGCUGGAGACCAUAAACUUGAGGCAGAGGAAGGAAUCUCUGGCCCAGGAAAUAAUUCUGCUGUGUGAGGGGAAGAAUGCAACUCUUGAUGACAUGGCCCUCUUAGACAUCGUGUAUACUCAAGUUCAUCGGCACAAGAAGCUCUGGGAUGUCUUUGAGAUGAGUAAAGAACCAGGUGAAGAUGUCGACCUUUUUGACAUGAAACAUUUCCAAGGUUCCUUUAAGAAAAUUCUUCAGAGAGCAUUAAAAAAUGUUUCAGUCAACUUCAGAGUCGACCAGAAGAAUGCUGUGUGGAUUCGGGUUGCCUGGGGAACACAACAUUCACAACCAAACCAGUACAAACCCACUUUUGUGGUGUACUAUCCCCAGACUCCAUAUGUCUUCAUUUCUACCUGCCCUCUGAAGAGCACUGUACCCCUUCUCCAUCAGGCCCUGAAGGUUGCGAGCAAACACCAUCAGAUGGUGCACCUGAAUCUGAGAAGCCGGCACCUGGACUCGCUCAAGGCUAUCGUUUUUAGAGAGUAUAACCAGAACUUUGACAGCCACAACACCACAGUGCCUCUGCAGGAAGAAAGCUUUGGACUAGACCUGAAUUUGGAUUCAAACAUCAUUCUUGAAAACACAGAAGAAAAAGAAAGAAUCCAAAGAGUCACUCAGGAGACGUUUGGAACCUAUUCCCAGCCACAGCUGGAAUUUGCACAGUAUAAGCUGGAGACCAGAUUCAAGAGUGACAUAAGUAGCGGCAUCUUGACUGACAGGAAAGAACCCCUCCGGUGCCUUAUAAAGUUCUCAAGCCCACACCUUUUGGAAGCAUUGAAAUCCUUAGCACCUGCCGGUAUAGCAGAUGCACCGCUUUCUCCACUGCUCACCUGUAUACCAAGCAAGAAAAUGAAUUAUUUUAAGAUUAGAGAUAAAUGAGAUACAUGUGGCUUUGCUCGUAUUGCACAUGGAAUCCCAGUUGUAGCCAGCUGGCUUCUGUAUAAACUCCUGUGUUUUAGAAAUCAAUCCUUGGCAUUGGAAAGUCAGUGCUUUUAAUGUAACUGUUGGGACUCUAUAUGUCCUCCCUAUGUGCUCUUGUACCCUUGCUGCUAUGGCCUGCUAAUUAAAUUACAGCAGCAGUGAUACCUCUGGCUGCUCAGCAGGUCUUGGGCCAGCUGCAUAAAGGUAUAAAAGGCUUUAGCUCAGGGCAAAAUAAAGGUUGCUGUUCUUCCACCUGAAAAGAAACCUCCAUGUCUCAAUCCCAGCACCACCACCACCCACCACCACCCCUGCCAGAUCCAUCUAUGGAGAAAAAUUUGAGGAUGAGAACUUCAUCCUGAAGCAUACAGGUCCUGGCAUCUUGUCCAUGGCAAAUGCUGGACCAAACACAAAUGGUUCCCAGUUUUUUAUCUGCACCGUCAAGACUGAGUGGCUGGAUGGCAAACAUGUAGUCUUUGAGAAGGUGAAAGAAGGCGUGAACAUUGUGGAAGCCAUGGAGUGUUUUUGGGUCCAGGAAUGGCAAGACCAGCAAGAAGAUCACCAUUUCUGACUGUGGACAACUAUAAUUCUUUUGACUUGCGGGCUUCUUUCCCACCAGACCAUUUCUUCUGGAUGUGGCUCAGGAGAGCACCCCAAUCCCAUCUGCUCGCAGCACCCUUCAUCUCUGCUCUCACUGAAGUUCUUUGGGUUCCAUAUUUUCCACAUUCCCCUUCAAGUCUAG